AAAAAAAAGUCAAAUUCCAAUCCAACGCGGUAGCAGAUGGCGGGUGUCCGUUUGCGGAAGGAAACUACCGGAGCAGCAUCAAGUCUUCUCUUUCUUUCAUCUUCAUCCUGCAUUUUUGCACCUCCUUCCUUCUUUUUCACUCCAAAUCAUAUCAUCUCAAGAAUCAAUCCAAUCCUUUCUCUCUAUCUCCUAAAUCACCCACCUAAGAAUUUAUUCAUCUAAUUCAAUCUUUUAAUCCCAGAAAUAAUUCAGAAACAUGUACCAAAAUUCGGGUGACACUACCACCAAUUCGUUCUACCCCCACCAAUUCCAUCAACCCCCUAACCCUAAUCCAAUCGUCGAUCCUUACGCCAAUCAAUGGCCUCAAUCUUCCGCUUCUGCUCCACCUCUUUCAUCUUCCUACGCCCCACCUUCCGAUUACCUCAGUUUCCCACCUCCUUACCCUUCGCAAACUUCCGAUCAUGUCCAUAACUCGGCCCCAACUGCUCCUCCCCCUUUCUCGUCAAAUCCUAAUCCACAAUUCCCCCCUUCUUCUAGUUACCCUUAUGAUCAUAAUCAACCUCCGUAUUACUCCUACGAUCAUAAUCAACCUGCCCCCAAUUCCAAUUUGAAUCCGAAUCCAUCGUUUUCGGGUCCUCAAUACUUGUCUCCGCCUUCGUAUGACGACAGUGGGGUGAAGUAUGACCAUCAGGGUGGCUUUGGGGAGCAGGAGCAGGGAGUAUACAGCUCGCAGGGGUAUAGUGAUGAUGGGGUUUAUAGAUAUGAGGGUGGGAAGGUGGAGCCUUAUGGUGCUCGAGGAACGGCUGGUUUUUCGGGGUCUUCUUCACAGGCUAUGUUCGAUGAUUAUGGGCGGCCAAUCAAUGUUUCAAAUGGUAAUGACAGUGGGAAGACGAGUGGGAGUUAUCAGGGAGGAACCAAGGCGGGUCCGAAAAUGGUGAGGGCGAUUCCGAAAGAGGAUGCGGAGGAGGAUGCUAAAGGUGGAGUGCAAAAGUUUCGGGUUAAGGUCUUGUCCGAGGGUUAUGGACAGAAUGAUUUGGAUGUUAUAUGCCAGGUUGGUUUGGAUGGAAUUCGAAUGCUUGAUCCAGCUACAGGUCGUACGCUGAGAAUUUAUCCUUUUGAGACAGUGACAAGAUGGGAGGUCUUGGAUUCCUACAUCUUUGCAUUUUGGGCCAAAAUGCCAGUGGACAUUGAACCAAAACGCAUAAGGAUAAAGUCAAACAGUUACACUACAAAUACAAUUUUGGACACAGUUACAGCAGCAAGUGUGCAGCUUAAGGAGAUCGGUGAAAGAAAAGAUUCAAGCUUAUCCAAGACCUCUGAACAGCUUGCUGAGAGGAAGAAAGGUUUUGACUGGAAAAACUUGAUUAAACCCGCAAACGAGGAGAAAGAUUAUUGGGUACCUGAUGAAGCAGUCAAUAAAUGUACUUCCUGUGCCACAAACUUUAAUGCCUUCAAUCGAAAGCAUCACUGCAGAAAUUGUGGUGAGAUUUUCUGUGACAAAUGUACUCAAGGAAGAACGCCUCUUACAGCAGAUGAGCAAGCGGCACCAGUUCGAGUGUGUGAUCGUUGCAUGGCAGAAGUCACUCAAAGGCUAACCAAUUCUAAGGAGGCUGCUAAUAGAAGUGGCUCAAUGCUAAGUCAUGAGGAUUUGGCUAAAAAGCUUAAGGAGGAGAUGAGCAGAAAUUCAAAGUCAUCGGCAGGUUCUAAGUCUGAAGGGUCUCAGACACGGAUGAGAGACGUUGCCUGUCCUACUUGCACAGUCCACCUGCAGGUUAAAGUUCCAGCCUCAGGUUCAGAGACGAUUGAAUGCAGCGUGUGCCAGCAUCCCUUCCUUGUAAACUCCCAAUAAUAUCUAUAUUGAAUCGUUUGAAACGAGUGCCUGAUAAUAAUUCUUUGGUAUGGAUUUGAAUAUCUUUGUUCAUACAUCUUAUCACGUGCCAUAAUUUAGAGUUAAUGUCAAGCUAAUGGUGUUGUACCAUGCAAAUCUACUUUUAUGAAUGUAAAUACGGAGCAUAUUUCAUAUGUUAUACCCCUUCAUUUCUUAUUGGUGAAUAACACGAGUUAAGGGAAAAAAUACAAGUGUGU